CGCCUUGCAGCUCUUAGCAACGCCGGCCGUCGCGUCAAGCUUGAUCUCUUCGCGGAACCCUCUGGAGGUUUGGGUGGCUCCUCUGUAAAUGGCGAAGUUGGAGGGGACAUAGAUCCGACACAACGUGCUGGAUUACCCAAUUCACCUUCAUCUUCAGGUGGGUUCCAUCAGUUUUCUUCAAAAAGGAUUAUGUAGAGAGCGCAUGAGUUUUGGUGGCAUGUUAUGUUGUUUGCCUCCAAGUAUUUGUUUUCAGAUUUUAGGUUGGCUGUGGUCAUGGCAAUAUACUUAUCAGAUCAGGUCGGGCCCUGCCACAGUGAAUUUUUGAAUGACUUCCGUUCUGUAAUCCACUGUUUCCCAGCAUCAAAGCAUUUUGGAGAUUUCGUCUCGAAUUUUUUCUAUCGGUCAACAACCACAGAAUCCUCUUCUGUUACUUGGACAGUAUAGUGAUGAUGAAUUGGAUGAGGAAUCAAGUAAAAAGCCGAACAGUGCUGUUGAAGAGAAUUCCCCUUCAGACCAUGUUGAUCAGGAGGGACUACCUAUUGAAGGAAAAGAGGUAGAUGUCAACCCAAUUGAAGAUAUUGCUGAUGAGAAGGUUGAACUACUGGACAUGGAGAAGGAUUCUACUCCAGUUGAUGUACAUCCAGAAGGUGGUGAUUCUGGAGAAGUUGAUGCGACUGUCUCUGCUGACAAGUGCAAAGAAGUUGAUUCUACUAAGUUUAUCUCUGUUACCGGAAGUGGAGCUUCUGAUACACAACUUAUUGGAGAUGUGAGUGCAGGAUGGAGGAUAGUAAUGCAUGAGGAGACUAAUCAAUAUUAUUACUGGAAUACUGAAACUGGGGAAACUUCAUGGGAAGUACCUGAUGUUUUGGCUCAGACUACUCCACCGAUCUGUGACCAGAAAGCUCCUGCAAAUGAAAAUGUGGAAACUGCUUCUGUGGAUACAAAUGAGGUUAGCUCAACUUUAGGCAUUGGAUUGGAUAAUGCUUCUGCUGCACUAACUUUAGAUGGUUCAAUCGGUGCAAAUUUGAUUAAUCAAAGCCAAGAAAUUCUUUGUAAUGGGCCACAAAUGGAUGAGUUAGUUGAAGGAUGCAAAAUUGAGUCCCUGAAAGAUAAAAAUUGGGUGACAGAUGCGUACGAAAAUGGCUCACAAAGUAACCUCAGUGCAGCUAAUUUUCUCUUAGGUGAAAAAGGGAUGGAUCUUUCUACUGAUCUUAUGAGACACUGUGAGUGUUUGUUGGAGAGACUGAAGUCACUAAAAGGAUAUGGGAGCCGCCUGCAAUGUCAUGACCAGAUGUCAAAAUAUAUUUUAGAAGUAGAUAUUAGACUUUCUGAUAUCAAGUCACUGUCAUCUUAUGGAUCAGCUUUGCUCCCAUUUUGGGUCCAUUCUCAAAGGCAGCUUAAACGAUUAGAAGAUGUUAUUAACAAUGAAAUAUACCACCUUGCUGUAUCUGCACAAAUGGAUGAUGAUGUUGAGGCAACUGCCAAUGUUUCUUUUGAGGAAAAGGAAAAGUCUUGGGGAAGUGUGGGCCAUCAUUCUAACUCAGAUAGAUGUGAAAACAAUAAGAAAUCUGAAUUUGCAAGUGUUGCUACCGAUGUUGAGAAUGAUUCACAUGAUGAUCCUUGCGAAAAUGCAUAUGGUAGACAUAUUUCUUCUUUGGGAUCACCUAAUGGAAAUUUAGAAGGUGGUGCUGUGGUUGGUGAAAGAGCGAAUGUGACUUCAUGCCCAGAUCAUGAGUUUCAUUCUGGGGAAGAUGUUAUGGAUGUUGACAUGGAAGUUGAAGAUGGAGUCCCAGUAAGCAUCACAGCUUUGGGAGAUGAUUCAAGCACCAAGUUUGUUGCUCCAGCCAAGCAAUUGAGUCUGCCAAAUACGCCUGCAGAGCACUCAACUUUGACAUCAGGGUAUGAGUCAAGUGUUCCACCUCCCCCAGAAGAGGAUUGGAUUCCACCACCACCGCCUGAUAGUGAUCAGGUACCUCCACCUCCUCCCGACAGUGAACAAGUUCCUCCUCCGCCACCACCUGAUGAGCCUCCUGAAUCUUCGUAUCCUCUGCUUCCAUCUUAUCCAGAGACACAUCAACCAUACCCAUACACAGAACAAUACAACUUACCCUAUCCAGAUCCUAAUUUUCAAUAUUAUGGACACACAGUUACUGUCCCAAGUAGUAAUUUAUAUGGACAUGCUGAUGGAAGUCAGGUAGGUGUGUCCCAUGCAUCACUUUAUUAUGAAACAGUUGCAAACACCUAUGUGGAAACCACUCCAGUCAUGGUUAGCCCUGUUGAGCCAGUAGCAUAUUAUAACCUUCAAGAUGGUUCAGUGCCCUCACUGCCUGACGUUAGAGUAGAAUCUUCCUGUUUGCACUCUGAAUCAGUCCCUGUGGGUUAUGAUGCUUUUGCUUCUGAUCAAGUUAUAAAUGUUGAUAAACCAGCUGAAGCAGGACAAAAUCUGAAACUUGAUGUUUCAGUUGUUGUUGGUGAGACAAUCACAGCAUCUGUGGGGUUCACAUCUAACUCAAUUGCUGCUGAAACUCCUGCCACGACUAAUGUGAUGGAGAAUGUUUCUGCAGCCUCAACAAAUCCUGGUAAUGCUGCAGCAGCUGUAUCUGUCACAACAGCUGCUAAGGUUCAAUCCAAAGUUCCUCGCAGUAAAAAACGGACCGUUGCUGUUGCACCUUCAUUGAGGUCUAACAAGAAAGUUUCCAGUUUGGUGGACAAGUGGAAAGCAGCUAAAGAGGAGUUGAAUGAGAAUGAGGAAGAUGAACCUGAAAAUGCUUAUGAGAUAUUGGAGAAAAAAAAACAAAGGGAAAUUGAGGAAUGGCAUGCUAAACAAAUUGCCAGUGGAGAGGCCAAGGAUAAUGCUAAUUUUCAGCCUUUAGGUGGUGAUUGGCGUGAGCGAGUGAAGCGCAGAAGAGCUCAAGCAGCCAAGGGAGCUGCAAAGACACCACCAGAAGCCCCUAUCAUGGAAAACCAACAACCUGAUUUAUCAGAACUCUCAAUGGGACUUCCGUCUGGUUGGCAGGCAUAUUGGGAUGAAGCAUCAAAACAGGUCUAUUAUGGAAAUGUUAUUACAUCAGAGACGACGUGGAGCAAGCCAACAAAAUAGCCACCAUUGAAUUUUACAGAGAAUCUCAUUUGUAGUUAAAUACAUUUUUGGUUGUAAUAGUGAGGGCUCCUUUCAUUAUUAUUAUCAUUUUCUUUUUCAGUUUUCUUUUAAAUAUCCCCAUUUCCCAUACCUCUUCAUAUUAUGAUUACCUUAUUGGGUGCUAAGUUCAGGAGUUCAUGGCUUUUCUUA